ACCACGGCAGGCAAGAGAGGAAAGAAACGGAGGCAAAGACGGACGCUACAACAAAGGAGUCGCUUUAGGUAAAAUGCCUUUUUUGGGCAAAGACUGGAGGUCACCAGGAUUGAGCUGGACAAAAACGGAGCAUGGCUGGAAGAGGAUUGUCUUCUAUGGACACGAGCUGGACGAUAACAACAGAGAGAUAGAGUUGACAGAGCUCUGCAGCGACAACAAAGAGAAUCUGUUUGUCGGGGAUGUGUGCGAGCUCGCCACGACAAAGAGGAAGAAGGACUUCUACAACAACAACACCAAAUCUCAGUUUGUUUUUAGGGAUAAAUGGAUCUACGUGCAGAAAGGAAGCACGAAAGAGCGUCAUGGAUACUGCACGCUUGGUGAAGCACUCAACCGUCUAGACUUUUCCAGUGCCAUCCAGGACUUGAGAAGAUUCAACUAUGUGGCAAAACUUUUCCAGCUAAUAGCCAGGUCCCAGCUGACGUCUUUGAGUGGAGCUGCCCAAAAGAACUAUUUCAACAUCCUGGAGAAGAUUGUACGGAAAGUGCUAGAGGACCAGUACAACCCACGCCUUGUCAAGGAGCUGCUGCAGGACCUGAGCUCCACUCUGCACAAUUUGACCAUCCAUGUCGGAAGGUGUGUCCUAGUGGGAAAUGUGAAUAUCUGGCUCUGUCGACUGGAGACCAUUCUGAAGUGGCAGCAGCAGCUCAACAACCUGCAGAUCCCCAAGCAAGUCUGCGAUGGCAUGUCAUUCAACGACUUGCCGCUAUAUAUGCAGAGCCAGAUCCUCUGCAAGUUAUCUGAUGCCUAUGACAUCAUUAACCUGGGACAGGCCACGCCCACUCUGCACUGCCUCAGUGAGAACAGGGUGCUGUGGAAGAAACUCUGUCACUUCCACUUCUCAGACAAACAGUUCUGCAGGAAUCUGGUCCUCACAAAGAGUGGAGUGGUGGAUUGGAAGCUAAUGUACUUCGCUCUGCAGAAACAUUAUCCGAUGAAGGAGCAGUACGGCGACACCUUGCACUUCUGCAAACACUGUAGCAUCCUUUUCUGGAAGGACUGUGGCCAUCCAUGCACAGCCAUCGACCCAGACAGCUGCCUCAUGCCCAUCUCUCCACAGCACUUUAUUGACCUCUUCAAGUUCUGAACCUCGUCUCUCUCCAAGCAAAGCGUGUCCGUUUACCCCUCACUCCCGACUCUGAGAGUGCGUACGAGACUCUGAUGUCGUUUUUACCCAAAUACAAAGGGCUUGAAAUAUAAGAGAUGACUUUUUAUGUCUUCAAUUCUUCACGCACAAAUGUUUUCGAAGGUUUACCUUACGUGUUUGUUCAUUUUACAAAUGUUGAUAUUGGUUUAAAUAUAAAAGCAACUUUUAUGUUUUCCUGCUUGUUUCCUUGCAGUAAAAAAAGUUUUUUUCCUGACAGAGGAAAGAACAAAUAUGUAAAUGUGAUAUGAAUAUGUGAAAGGAUUUAUAUGUAAAGCUGUUAUAGAAUGUUUAUGGUAGAAAAGUGAUAUUAUGUAAUGUUUGAGUUUUUUUUACAGACAAAAGGUAAAACAUGUCAGUCUGGAUGGAUAAGAUGACGCAUAUUAAUGGCUUAUUUAUGGGGUUACAACUAUUCUGCUCUGUUUUGUUUUGGUGGUAUUUUCCUGCAAUAACUGACUGCAUGUCCUGUUCGAGUCCCUGUUUACAUGAUGUAUGUUGUCCUUUGUGUAUUCUUGUUGUGCUCCGUGUACAUCAGAAAUAUGGACAUUAAGAUAGAGGUGUAAAACCCCUUAAGUCAAACAAGUUUUUAUAGUCAAAUUUUGUCAGAAAUAUCAAGUGAAAGGAAAAAAAAGUAGAAAUGUAAAAGGGGAAAAAAAGUUUUGUAUCCUUCCUCCAACUUUUGUAAUAUUCCUUGCUGUCCCAAUACUCUUGAUGGUACUAUUGUGACUUUUAUGGGACAUUAACUAGUUAUACAAAAAUUAAAUAUUUCUAAAAACCUG